AUGGGAUCAUCUUCUGUGGUCAUUGACAUUGGCAGUGCCUGUUGCAAAGUUGGUUUGGCUUGGAAAAACUACCCUACUUUUGCAAUCCCUACAGUUGUUGGGUAUGAGCCCUACUGUGAGGACCUGGAAGAAUUUCCUUCCAAGAUAAGGAAAGUCGUAGGUCUGGAAAACAUGCAUACACUCCAGGAACUGCCUAUUAUAGAAUUUCCUGUUAAUCGAGGCCGAAUCUUAAACUGGGAUGCUAUGGAAGCUAUUUGGAGACAUACUUUUGAUAGCCUUCAAGUCAAUCCCAAGAACCACCCGGUGAUUAUCACAGACUUGCCAUGGAAAGAGAGAAGUUACCAGCAGAAGGUUCUGGAGGUCAUGAUGGAGACUUUCAACGUUCCAUCUCUGCACAUUGGCAAUCAGGCAGAACUUGCUAUGUUAGGUGCUGGAUUCUUGACUGGAAUGGUACUAGACUGUGGGGCUGGUCUUACCCACAUUGCACCCAUCUUGGGAGGCCACAUCAUCCCUAAAUGCAUGCUAAUCUGUGAGAUCGGUGGGCUGGAUAUCAGUGCCCUACUAUAUAAACACCUGUUCAGGAAGGAUAUGAGAAUGGAUGACUUACUCCAGAGAAUAACAAUGGAAGAGCUCAAAGAGAAGUUAUGUUACGUGAGCAAAAGCCCUGAUCAGAAGGAGUCUUCUAGUGAUUUGGCCUCUACUCAAGGGAGGGUUUCGGUGCUUCCUGAUGGGGAGAUUAUCUCCCUUACUGAAAAACACUGUACUUUCCCUGACAUGCUCUUCAACCCCUCCCAGUUUGGAGGCAUUGGAGUAAAAUUAGCGCUUGAGGUGCUCAAAUCAGCCAUGUCAUGCCCCAACCCGACCAAAGGCUACAUAUUUUCUCGGGUGAUUCUCUCUGGGGGCAGCACCCUCUUUCCGGGCUUUCCAGAACGUCUUGUCUCAGAGUUAAAUGCCAUGAAACCUUCAAUGUACUCAACUGAGGUUGUGUGCAGAACAAAUAGGAUCUACCUGCCCUGGGUAGGAGGUGCCGUGUUGUCUCACCUGUCGACUUUUAGUUCCCAAUGCAUAACCAGAAACGAAUACUAUGAGGCACGAGCUGCACUAUUAAUUUAG